UCUCUCGUUAAGAGGAUCUAUCAAGUUUCUCUUUACUUUCUUUUCUCUCAUUCUUUUUAAUACAAAACACAAAUAAUAAUGGUUGAUAACAUAACCUCUUCUUACUCAAAUAGAAGUUUACUUCCCAACUAUAACCCUACACCAACUUCUUCAUCAUCUCAACAACAACAUGGUAAUUACAAUCAAAAUAUUUACCAUGAGGGUAGUAACAUAAGGAACUCGAAUGAGCACGAUGAUCACGAGCACGAAGAUCAAGCCCUAGGGACUAUUAAAGAGCAAGAUCGUUUGCUCCCUAUAGCUAAUGUUGGGAGAAUAAUGAAGCAUAUAUUACCCCCAAAUGCGAAAAUCUCUAAGGAAGCUAAAGAAACUAUGCAAGAGUGUGUUUCCGAGUUUAUUAGCUUUGUUACGGGUGAAGCCUCCGAUAAAUGUCACAAAGAGAAGCGCAAAACUGUCAAUGGUGAUGAUAUUUGUUGGGCCUUGUCUUCUCUAGGGUUUGAUGAGUAUGCUGACCCUUUGAAGAGGUACCUUCAUCGAUACCGUGAAUUCGAAGGAGAAAGGGUUGCUAAUCAAAACAAGGAGAGGGAAAAUAUCCAUGGUUGAUGCUUGUCAUCGAUCAACAACUUUUAUGAGUUGCUAGCUUGGUAAUACAUAUAUAUUUUGGCUUUUUUUUUUUAAUUUUAUUUGUUAUUUUAGCUUGUUUAUGGUUGUUUAAUUUAUGAGAUUAAAACAAAAGUAUGGAGUUUUAAUUUAUAACCUAAUUUGUAAGGAAGAGAUUUGUUAAUUAAUUACUAGAUCUCUUGUGUUAAAUUAAAGAGUACUAAUUGAAUUUGAUAGGGUCCUAACUGGGUAAAAGAAUCCCUCAAUUAAUUUUGCGAAAUUUUGCCCCCUUUA